AAAGAGACAUUUCAUUUAUCUCAGUCUCACAAGAAAAACUGGUUUAAGAUGUUUAGAUUACUCCUGGUUCCACCCGCACAUAUUAAUAAAGGCUGCUGAGAUUGUGAAAGCUUUAGUUCAAUAUCACCGUAUUCAGCUGCUGAAGAGAGAGAGAAUCUGCACCAGCAUCUGACUUCAGGUAUUUGUCACAAUGAGGUUUCUGAUCUCACUGUGUGCAUCGCUGUUGCUGUUGUUGAUCAAUGGUUCUACAACAACUAGCUUUGAUCCAUGCUAUAAUUAUACCAUUCUUGAUGAGUACUGGAGAGACAUACAGCCAAACUAUUACAGUUUGUACAACCCUUCAGGUAAUGACAGUCUUGUUGAAUGGAGAGGCUGGUAUCGACUGUAUCUUGAGAGGACUCAGUGCUCAAAUGUCUGAGUGGUGUGUGAGUACUACUCAUUGUGGGGGUGAAACUGGAUUGUCUCUCAGUGGUUCUCAUCCAAGACUUGAGGAUGGAGUGGUGACCCGUGAAGUGGUGGGAACUAAUGCUUGGUGGUGGUUGUGGUCGUCUUCCUCUUGUGGCAGCUACAAGUCCAACUCCAUUCGAGUCAAAGCUUGUCCUGGAAAUUAUUACGUCUAUGAACUUGUCAAACCCAACGCAUCAAUCCCCAGGCCAAUGUACUGUGCAGUUGCUUUCCAAAACAUCAGCAGUGAUCCCUGCUACAACUAUAAGUCUCUGGAUCGUCCCUGGAGAGCCAACAAUGAAAGUGAAGAUCGCAUUUGUGAUUCUUCUUUCUCCUGGAACGGCUGGUACCGGCUUUUCUACCGUGGAAUGAACAUCCAGUUGCCAGAGACCUGUGUUAGUUCAUACAGAUGUAACACACAGAUAACCCUGUGGCUGAACGGUCCUCACCCUCGGACUGAGGAUGGAGUGGUGAUCAGAGAGGUCUGUGGAGGGACCUACGGGACUCAAUGCUGUAGUUACAAAACAAGACCAAUCAGAGUUAAAGCAUGUCCAGGAAAUUACUAUGUCUAUGAACUUGUGAAGCCAGACGUGUGGUGUGCAGGAUAUUGUACAAAUAUUAGCACCAUUUCACAGCCGAUUUCCACUGUUAGUCCAUCUAUAAUCAGUAGAACCAACAACCCUUUGAAUUAUGACCCAUGCAUUAACUACAACACACUCAAUGACAACUGGAGAAACAUACUUGAUUACGGGCAUAUGAAUGGACUCAAUGCUGAUUAUGAUGACACAGGUGUUAACUGGGAUGGCUGGUAUCGACUCUUUCUUAAUGGAUUGAGUGCUCAGAUGCCUGAAUGGUGUGUGUCUUACUUGGCAUGUGGAGGUUUUAGUUCUCUGUGGCUUGGUGGCUCUCAUCCUCGGCUGGAAGAUGGAGUUGUUACUCGUGACAUUUACGGCUCUCAUUAUGAGGAUUGCAGUUACUACCGAUCCGACCCAAUACAAGUCAAAGCUUGUCCUGGAAACUAUUAUGUCUACAAAUUUACCAGACCACCUCUUUCAAUCCCGUCUCCUGUAUAUUGUGCAGUACGUUUCACCACCCCAAGAGUUGACCCUUGCUACAACUAUAACAGUCUGAAUGAGACUUGGAGAGCAACAGACAAUCCCUAUGAUAGUAACUAUAGAAGCAUCAACACCAAGAACAACAACCACAACAGCGACAGCAUCCAUUACUCCAACAGUCACAACCACUGGUAA